CUCAAAAUGUCUCUUCCAUUUACAGUUCUCAUUCUAUUGAUAUUUUCAUCUUAUUUCAUCUCUCUCGCACAUUCCAAAUUUGCUCGACUAGCGAUUUCACCAAAAACGUUAAUCAAGAAUACACCUGAUGGAUCAACACAAAAAGUAGAUGAAUCUGGUCUUCAGAUGUUCUACUUUAAUCAGACCCUCGAUCACUUCACAUUCAGACCAGAAAGCUACAUGACUUUUCAACAAAGAUACGCGAUCAAUUCCACGCACUGGGGUGGUGCUAAGGCCAACGCGCCAAUCUUAGCGUUUCUUGGAGAGGAAACGUCGUUAGACUCUGAUUUGUCUGGCAUUGGCUUUCUUCGUGACAACGGUCCCCGUCUCAAAGCGCUCCUCGUCUACAUAGAGCAUAGGUAUUAUGGUAAGACUAUGCCAUUUGGAUCAGCAGAAGAAACAUUAAAGAACGCAAGUACGUUGGGGUAUUUGAACGCAGCACAAGCCCUAGCAGACUACGCCGCGAUUCUCUUGCACGUUAAGGAGAAGUACUCUACUAAACACAGCCCUAUCAUUGUCAUAGGAGGAUCUUAUGGUGGAAUGUUAGCGGCAUGGUUCAGGCUAAAAUAUCCACACAUAGCACUUGGAGCAUUAGCAUCGUCAGCUCCUCUUCUCUACUUUGAAGAUACUCUUCCUAAGUUUGGUUAUUAUUAUAUUGUAACCAAAGUUUUCAAGGAAACGAGUGAAAGAUGUUAUAACACAAUCCGAAAAUCUUGGAAAGAAAUCGAUAGAGUUGCUGCCAAGCCCAAUGGUCUUUUGAUUCUCAGCAAAAAAUUCAAAACUUGCGCUCCAUUGAACGGAAGCUUCAAAAUCAAAGACUUCUUGGACUCGGUAUACGCCGAAUCCGUUCAAUACAACCGAGGUCCGAGUUAUUGGGUGACCAAAGUGUGCAAUGCAAUCAACACCAACACGUACCCACCGAACAGUAAGCAUGAUUUACUCGACCAGAUUUUUGCCGGUGUUGUCGCUUUAAUAGGCAACCGAACUUGCUAUGAUACCAAUAUGUUUGCGCAACCAACCAACAAUAAUAUCGCAUGGAGAUGGCAGAGUUGCAGUGAAAUUGUUAUGCCGGUGGGAUAUGACAAACAAGAUACCAUGUUCCCGACGACACCGUUUAAUAUGACCAGUUACAUUAGUGGAUGUGAAUCGUAUUACGGUGUUCCACCUAGACAACAUUGGAUCACAACGUACUUCGGCAUUCAGGAUGUCAAGUUAAUCCUCCAAAAAUUUGGGAGCAACAUAAUCUUCUCUAACGGUUUGUCAGAUCCAUACAGCGUCGGCGGAAUUUUGGAGGAUAUUUCAGACACUAUAGUCGCCAUCACAACAAAAAAUGGUUCACAUUGUCAAGACAUUGGCUUGAAGAGCAAAGAUGAUCCGGAGUGGCUCGUAAUGCAAAGAGAAAAAGAAAUUAAAAUACUUGAUUCUUGGAUUUCAACGUAUCAGAAGGAUCUAAGAGAUCUUAACAUAUCAAAUUAAACUUUGGUUAUAGUAUAUAUAUCAAUAAUUUACUUGCAUUCGUAGUAUUGCAAUAGUUACUGGGAUUGAGCUAGAGUCUUGCAGUAACUUUUCGGAACGCGGUGGUAGAAGACAUUGUAAGCUACAGAGAGUUUGAGACUACAGAAAAAUAUGAAAUGUUUUCCCCAAUGAAGUUCUUCAACGUCAAUGCAUGUUAGGGUAUUUAAAAGCCAAAUAUCUCUUAGUCGGUUUAAAAUGUUACCAUUCUUAAAAUGGUUUCAUAAAACUAAAAGUUAU